CAGGACUCCAUCGAAGUGGCACACUACUACUACACUAGUAGCAACUGGCGGGAAAAAGCCUUAUACAUACACUCGUUUUCCCGCCAAUUCCUUACUUCUUUCAUUACUCCAUUUUCAGAAAGACCCUAAAACCCUCCCAACCCACAAACCGGCCGACCAGAGAGAGAAAGUGAGAGAAGUAAGCUUGCCAACAGUUCACGAUUUUCCGGCGAAACAAUGGACUACGGCGCUUUCUUCGUUGAUGAGACGGCCGCUCCGGUCGAAAAUGCCUUCCUCGAGUUCCUGAGAAGUUUCCGUACGGAUCCGAAUUCGCGGAAUACGUUUUAUGAAUCCGAGGUUACGAUCAUGGAGGAGUGUGAAUCGACCACUAUGUUUAUCGAUUUUUCUCAUGUCAUGCGGUUUGACGAUGUCCUUCAGAAGGCGGUUUCCGACGAGUAUUUGAGAUUUGAGCCCUACUUGAGGAACGCGUGUAAGAGGUUUGUGAUGGAGCGGAAACCCAAUAUUAUUGCGGAUGAUAACCCUAACAAGGACAUCAAUGUUGCUUUCUACAAUAUCCCUCUUGUCAAGCGACUAAGAGAGUUAAAUACUGCUGAAAUAGGCAGAUUAGUAUCUGUAACUGGAGUGGUCACUCGUACGAGUGAGGUUAGACCCGAGCUGCUCCAAGGUACUUUCAAGUGCUUGGAUUGCGGAACUGUUGUUAAGAAUGUUGAGCAGCAAUUUAAGUACACUGAGCCUACAAUAUGCAUAAAUGCAACCUGUGCAAACAGAACAAGAUGGGUGCUACUUAGACAAGACAGUAAAUUCACAGAUUGGCAAAGAGUUAGAAUGCAGGAAACCUCUAAAGAAAUUCCAGCGGGGUCUCUUCCAAGAUCGCUUGACAUCAUUCUCCGCCAUGAAAUUGUUGAACAGGCUAGAGCUGGUGACACGGUUAUAUUCACUGGAACUGUUGUCGUUAUACCGGACAUACUGGCUUUGACAUCUCCAGGGGAGAGAGCAGAGUGCCGUAGAGAUGGAUCUUCUCAACGUCAGGGUGCUGCUAGUGGUAAUGAAGGUGUCAGGGGUUUGAAAGCUUUGGGAGUGAGAGACCUCUCAUAUCGACUUGCCUUUAUUGCUAAUUCUGUCCAGAUUGCUGAUGGUAGAAGAGAUGUUGACAUCAGAAAUAGAAAGAAGGAUGGCGAUGAUGAUGAGAGUCAGCAAUUUGCGGCAGAGGAGCUAAAUGAGAUCCAAAGAAUGAGAAACACUCCUGAUUUUUUCAAUAAACUGGUUGAUAGUAUGGCUCCAACUGUAUUUGGUCACCAAGAUAUCAAGCGAGCUAUUCUUCUUAUGCUGUUAAGUGGUGUCCACAAACAAACCCUUGAAGGCAUUAACUUAAGAGGGGAUAUUAAUGUCUGCAUCGUAGGGGAUCCUAGCUGUGCAAAAUCUCAGUUUCUCAAGUAUACUGCUGGUCUUGUCCCUAGGUCAGUCUACACAUCAGGGAAAUCAUCCUCAGCUGCUGGUUUGACUGCUACUGUGGCUAAAGAACCAGAAACUGGAGAGUUCUGUAUUGAGGCCGGAGCAUUGAUGUUAGCCGAUAAUGGUAUCUGCUGUAUUGAUGAGUUUGACAAAAUGGAUGUUAGAGACCAGGUUGCUAUCCAUGAAGCUAUGGAGCAGCAGACUAUAAGUAUCACAAAAGCAGGAAUACAGGCUACAUUGAAUGCUAGAACGUCGAUUUUAGCUGCUGCCAAUCCUACUGGUGGGCGAUAUGACAAAACAAAACCUUUGAAGUACAACGUGGCUCUACCUCCAGCAAUUCUCUCAAGGUUCGAUCUGGUAUAUGUUAUGAUAGAUGAUCCAGACGAUCAAAUUGACUACCACAUUGCUCACCAUAUUGUGAGAGUGCAUCAAAGGCGUGAAGAAGCAUUAUCACCUACCUUUACCACUGCCCAGAUAAAACGUUAUAUUGCGUAUGCAAAAACAUUGAAACCUAAGUUAAGUUUGGAAGCAAGAAAAGUUUUAGUUUCCUCAUAUGUCACUCUUCGGAGAGGGGAUGCUGCUCCAGGUAGUAGAGUUGCUUACAGAAUGACUGUAAGACAGCUAGAGGCAUUGAUCAGGCUAUCAGAAGCCAUAGCACGAAGUCACUUGGAACUAGAGGUACUACCACGCCAUGUCACUAUUGCGGUUCGACUUCUGAAGACAUCAGUUAUUAGUGUGGAAUCAAGCGAAAUUGACCUGUCCGAGUUUAACGAAGAAAGUAAUGAGGGCGGAACAGGUGCAGGUGCAGGUGCAGGUGCUUCUGAGGGUGAUGCUCAGCCUAGUCCUGCAGGGGAACCAGCUGCAACUAAUACAGAAAAUGAUGGCGGUUCUAAAGCUCAGGAACAGAAUUUGGUGAUAACAGACGAACAUUUUGACAGAGUGACUUAUGCUCUUGUCAUGAGGCUUCGGCAGCUUGAAGAGACUGCAGAACAAGAAGGGAAAGGUCUGCUUGGGACGAGACAGAAAGAUUUGAUUCAGUGGUAUGUGGCACAACAAAAUGAGAAAAAUAGCUACAGCUCUAUGGAGGAAGCUCGUAACGAUGUCAGAAUAGUCAGAGCUAUUAUUCAGAAAUUGAUUAAAGACGGGAAUCUGAUCGUUGUGGAUGAUGCUGCGCAAACAGCUGCUGGAGGUGAAGAUACUGUGCCUGAACCUUCAGUAUCUAAAGAUGACAGGAUAUUGGCUGUUGCUCCUAAUUAUUUCAUUGAGUGAAUUGUUGUAAUGUGGGUGUAACUUAAUCAUGUCGUUAAUUCAAAGUUUAGGGUGUACAGAAGCCUGAGUUUCUAAGAGAAAUCGUGCAUGGAAAUUAUCAUCUUGGCAAACUAUACAGCUUCACCCCCAUAUGUAGAGCAAAAUGUACAACUGAUGUUCCCUGCUUGCCUCUUGAGCAAAUCUUGUACCAUCAGGAGGGUAUUUCGGGUUAGGAGAUUAGAAAAUCAUGGUUCGGUAUUACGAGUAUUUGAUUGGAAUGACAUCUUUUUUUGUUCUUAUUUUAUCCCCCAGCUUUUCAUUAGUCUUAAUCAGAAACUGAUUACUAAAUUUAAGAUCCAUUUGUCUA